CCGCCGCUCUAGGCUUUCCAGGCUCCUCUCGGCGGCGCUGCUAGCGCCUGGAAUCGGGACUAGUGCGCUAAAAGAAAACUACAAGUCCCGACCAGCAGCGCGGUGCGACGGUGGCUGGGAAGGGUCAAGCCACCCCCUCACCCUUCCUCGAUUCUGGCCGUGUCGGCUCCUGCCCCGAGAAACCGCGGACGCCCCUUGGCCUGGCUGACAGCGAUCCUCGGCCUGGCGCCAUGGAGGAGCCGGGGGCUCCCGUCACCGCCGCUGCCUCACCCCUGGCGCUGGUGCCCCUACAGGCCGACGGGGCCGCCGUGGCUGUGCUGCGGGAAGCGGCCCAGGAGCCCCCCAAGCGCCGUAAGAGGAUCCUGGACGAGGAGAGCUACAUCGAGAGUUUGGAGAAAAUUAUUCAGAGGGAUUUCUUUCCUGAUGUUGAGAAGUUACGUGCUCAGAAGGAAUACUUGGAGGCUGAAGAAAGUGGCGACUUAGAGAAGAUGAGACAAAUCGCUAUCAAAUUUGGCUCCUCAUUGGGGAAAUGGUCCAGGGAGUCGCCUGCACCAUAUGUUACUCCAGCCACAUUUGAAACACCCGAAGUGCACCCAGGCACCUCUUCCUUGUUGAACAAACCCAAGAUUGGGCUCAAAGCUGCGGAGGAAGGAGAAGUGGAGAAAGAACAGAGUAAGGAUAUUCUUCCCAGCCUGGACAGCUUCUUAAUAAAACACACCAGUGAAGAUAAUGCUUCAUUUGAGCAGAUCAUGGAAGUGGCCAAAGAGAAGGAAAAGGCCAGGCAUUCUUGGCUGUACGAAGCAGAAGAGGAGUUUGCCCAGCGACGACUUGAGAAUCUGGCGCUUCCCUCAGCAGAGCAGCAGGCACUAGAGAGCGGGAAAGCUGGCGUGGAGACCUGGGAGUACAAGGCUCAGAAUUCCCUGAUGUAUUACCCAGCAGGUGUGCCCGAUGAGGAUGAUGUGUUUAAGAAGCCUCGAGAAGUUGUCCAUAGAAACACCCGCUUUCUGAGAGAUCCAUUCAGCCAAGCUGUGAGCAAAUCCCAGCUCCAGCAGGCAGCAGCCCUCAAUGCCCAGUACAAACAGGGCAAAGUAGGGCCAGAUGGGAAGGAGCUGAUCCCCCAGGAGUCUCCAAAAGUGAAUGGAUAUGGAUUUGUGGCCACCCCCUCUCCUGCCCCUGGUGUCAAUGACUCUCCUCUUAUGACGUGGGGUGAGAUCGAGAGCACCCCAUUACGAGUAGAUGGGUCAGAAACGCCGUAUGUGGACAGGACACCUGGACCGGCCUUUAAGAUCCUGGAGCCUGGGCGCAGAGAGCGGUUAGGACUCAAGAUGGCCAAUGAGGCGGCUGCUAAAAACCGAGCAAAGAAACAGGAAGCAUUAAGAAGAGUCACGGAAAACUUGGCCAACCUCACUCCAAAAGGACUGAGUCCAGCUAUGUCACCAGCGUUGCAACGACUAGUAAAUAGGACUGCGAGCAAAUACACUGACAAAGCCCUGCGAGCCAGUUAUACCCCUUCUCCAGCACACCCAGGAACCCCUGGAUAUAAGACCCCAGCAGGAGGGUCUCACACACCCACUAGCACCCCACCUCCUAGGACUGUCUCUGAGACUCCAGUAACACAAGAUCCCGCUUCAAUCACCGACAACCUGCUGCAGCUCCCUAAAAGACGAAAGGCAUCUGAUUUCUUCUGACUACCAUCUUCACCAGCAGGGGGCUGCAUAAUUGGCUGUGCAGCGCUGUGUGCAAGCGGAGGGCAGUAUACUUUGCCAGGAGCCAGGGGCAUUUGCUUAAAGCUGCUAGAAUGUGAUCGAACAGUUGCUGGAUUUGGGACCAUUUCUGCCCUUGAGUAGUGCAUAGUUCCCACACUUGACAUGCCAUUACUAGAACAAGAGUGGAGCAGCCUGCGAAUUUUUACCAGUGUGGUAUAAUUUCUCUUAGUACCAUGUGGACGUGUUACACAGAAUCGGUAGGGGACAAGGACGCUUCCAGAAAUAGCAUAAAAGGGCGUGGACUUUUGGAAAAUAGCCAGAAAUGUUUGGGAUAUUUUUUGUAAUUCUUCUCGGUUUUUUUAAAAAGCUUGACCCUACUGACUGCAUUUGAGUGCCUCUCUUUCUGUACAGAUGUGUCUAUUUAUAAAGUGUAGCGAGCCUUUGUAUUAAGGCCUGAACCAAGGUGUGAAACUUCCUUGCUUAUGACUUGCAUUCCGCUGAAAUGCUGUUCUGCUGAGUAAAGAAGAGAUGUAGGC